AUGUUCCUUCGAAUUCGAAUUGUCCGUCCGAAUGUCCGAUACCGAGCUCGUUUUCAAAAAGCAAUUCCGAAAAACCGCUUCGACGGAAAUCCGCUAGAAUCGCCGCCCGAAAUGAUGGAACGAGAAAAAGAAGCGAGAAAAGACUCAAAAUUUCAAAGAAAAACGAGAAUCGUCGACUCCUUCAUUCCAUUGGAAGGCACUCCUGGAGCACAGAAUCAUCCCCUUUUGCAGAACAUGAUUGACGAAAAACCGAAGGAGGAGUUUUCGGCGAUUGACGAAGAAAGAUCCAGGCAAAUGGAGUUCAGAAAUUCAGAUUACGGCUAUUUGGUGACAACAAACCGCGGUCGCGCAGAAAACUUCGACUACAACGGCAACUAUCGAGGAAAUCAGCACAUCCAGAGUAAUCUUUACUGGAAAGAAGCGGCAGAAAUCGAAGAGCAAAUGACGCCAGAGUUGAUUCUUUCAAAUUUUCGACGGCUCCUCAGCUCGCUGGAAAAUGGAGAUUUCGAGACAGAUGAAAAAAGGGUGAUUUUGAAGGCUUGUUUGGAAGAAAUGUGCGAUUCCAUAGGUUCAAGCUCUUCUGAAAACGAAGUGAUUCUCCCGACCGAUUUCGUCAAUCGUCUUCGACUCUCUCUAUCUUCGAUUGGAAUUCAAUUGCAGCCAACUGAAAUCGACGAGAAUUCGAGAAAAUGCGUCGUUUCGAAUGUGAUUUUGGACCACAAGUUUUCGUUGUGCGAGAGAAAAUUGACCGAUUAUUUGAUGAAGAUUUACGAAAUCAUUUCGCUGUCGCAAGUUUCUCAAUUAGACCUCUUAUCAAAGCCCGAUGCAGAAAAUGUAAAAGAGCUCAAUUCCUCGAUGGAAAACUUCCUCAACUUCGCCGAUUCCAUUUCGCAAGUAGACGUCAUCAUCGACCUUCAAAACUUUGCGCAUCGCGUUUUGAAAAGUCCCCCGAAUCGGCCGUAUCAUUGCUCGACUUUUCCGAAGCACUUUCUUCUUCAUCUCUUUUCCAGCGAGCAGGAAUUCUAUCAAGGAGAAGCGGAGCUAUUCUACGAAGCGUUAGGGAAAGGAUUCGAAGUUGUGAUGAAUCAUGCGAGACAGAAGUUCAAGAGUAAAGAGGAAAGGAAAGAAUUGAAGGUUUUGGUGUUGACUCCUGAAGGCGCAAAUAUCUCCUCUCUUAUUCAAAGCUUCUCUACAGACCCAGAUGUGGACAUUACCUGUUUCAAAACUCCAAAGCUCCGAAAAACCUCCAAAAAUCGCAUUCGAAAGGGCCAAACUGAGAAAACCCAAGAAUCGUCUUCCCUGAUUCUCCAUUUCGAUGAUUUUUUCGCGCUCUUGGCGGCCUCACUUUUUGAAAACGCACUAUUGAUUUCCGAAGACAAGUUUCAAAACAUCUUCCCGUAUCAUCUGAAGCGCGGCUAUUUGGAGCCAUACUCUGCGUUCAUGAGUUCCGCCAGGGCGAAAAGGGACGAAGCGGAAAAAAUCGAAAACGCGAGAGACGAGUGGAGAAGAAUGUUGAGCCCAAAGUUCCGGGAAAAAGUCCUCUUUCAUUUGAUUGACAGAUAUAAGGGCAUCCGCCUCGAUUACUUUAAAAACGAGCUGGAUGUUCGACCCCAGUUUGUUGACGAUUUCUGCUUUUUACCCUACCAAACUGUGAAUAAAGAUGGAAAAGCUAUCACUAAGUGGCUUUUCUUUUCGAUACAGCGAUUGUCGACAAAAGAAGGCGAAAGAAUUGUAAAUUUGGCAAAGAAAAUCGCUGAAAAAUGUCCUCGAACUCAAACUAUCAUGAAAGACUACAGCAUCAAUCUUCCUUCUUCAGAAAAUCUGCAAAUAAUCAACGAUUUGGACCAUCAAUGA